GGGAGACCGGAUAUAGUGAAUGCGGGGUCCGGGGAGACCGGAUAUAGUGAAUGCGGGGUCCGGGGAGACCGGAUAUAGUGAAUGCAGGGUCCGGGGAGACCGGAUAUAGUGAAUGCGGGGUCCGGGGAGACCGGAUAUAGUGAAUGCGGGGACCAGGGAGAGCGGAUAUAGUGAAUGCGGGGUCCGGGGAGACCGGAUAUAGUGAAUGCGGGGUCCGGGGAGACCGGAUAUAGUGAAUGCAGGGUCCUGGGUUUAGUAACACUUUUAAUUAUGAGUUUUCUGGGAUCGACUAAAGGCAGCCAGAGUAGUGGAUAGCUGGACAAAUUGAGGUAGAGAGUUCCAGAGGA